AUGCCACAACUUCGAAGUGGAGCAAGGAGAUCAAAACGGCUCGGUGAUCUUCAGCCUGCCACUCAACCAAUCAAUCAAGCAGAAAACACCGCCCCACCAACCCAAACCAGACCUAGAAGAAAGACUACUGGUGGUGGUGGUGGAAGGGGAAGAGGUGGUGAUGCUGCAGGUGUAGCCAAAGGGCCUGUAGCGGCAUUACCAGUGAGGCCAACUGUUGGUGGUAGAGGUAGAGGUGUUCGGUUGAUUGAUUUGGACCCUGAACCUCCUUGUGAUAUUAUCCCUGAAGCUCCUAUUAGACUAGACACAGUUGCAGAUAAAGAUAUUGCCAUGGAAGGUGGAAGUGGUGGUGGUGAUAAAGUUAUGGGUGUUGAAGAAGAAGGCAACUCAACUCCUGUUCCCGAAAGGGUACAAGUGGGUAAUUCUCCUAUAUAUAAGGUGGAAAGAAAGUUGGGGAAAGGUGGUUUUGGACAGGUUUAUGUUGGGAGGAGGUUAAGUGGUGGAACAGAAAGAACAGGGCCAGAUGCAGUUGAGGUAGCAUUAAAGUUUGAGCAUCGUAAUAGUAAAGGUUGCAACUAUGGUCCUCCUUAUGAGUGGCAAGUUUACAGCUCACUGAAUGGAUGUUAUGGGAUUCCAUGGGUUCACUACAAGGGGCGACAAGGUGACUUUUACAUUCUGGUCAUGGACAUUCUUGGACCAAGUCUUUGGGAUGUUUGGAAUUCUUUAGGCCAAUCGAUGUCACCAAGUAUGGUGGCUUGCAUUGCUGUUGAGUCAAUAUCAAUUCUUGAAAAGCUUCACUCAAAAAGGCCAGAAAACUUCUUACUUGGUCAACCAGGAACAGUGGAUGAAAAGAAACUAUAUCUUAUCGACCUUGGUUUAGCAUCAAAAUGGAAAGAUUCAACUUCUAGUCAACACGUUGAGUAUGAUCAACGACCAGAUAUAUUUAGGGGGACAAUAAGAUAUGCAAGUGUGCAUGCACAUUUAGGUCGAACAGGAAGUAGAAGAGAUGACCUUGAGUCACUUGCAUACACAUUAAUAUUUCUCAUUAAAGGAAGGUUACCAUGGCAAGGCUACCAGGGAGACAAUAAGAGUUUUCUUGUUUGUAAAAAGAAAAUGGCAACAUCACCUGAGUUGAUGUGUUGUUUUUGUCCUGCACCAUUUAAACAUUUUCUUGAAGCUGUUACAAAUAUGAAAUUUGAUGAAGAGCCAAAUUAUUCUAAAUUAAUUUCUUUAUUUGAGAGCCUUAUUGAACCCGUUACAUCACUAAGACCAAUCAGAAUCGAUGGGGCACUCAAGGUGGGACAAAAAAGGGGAAGAUUGCUUAUUAAUUUAGAAGAAGAUGAACAACCAAAAAAGAAAGUAAGAUUAGGUAGUCCUGCUACACAAUGGAUUUCUGUUUACAAUGCACGUCGCCCAAUGAAACAAAGAUAUCACUAUAAUGUAGCUGAUGCGAGACUUGUUCAACAUGUGGAUAAGGGAACAGGAUUCUGUUCCCAAGUUUAUGAAGUUUCUCCCGUCUUUCUUCACAAGGACUGGAUUAUGGAACAGUGGGAGAAGAAUUUUUACAUCAGUUCAAUAGCUGGUGCUGCUAAUGGAAGCUCAUUGGUUGUCAUGUCUAAAGGAACGCCAUACACUCAACAAUCAUACAAAGUGAGUGAAUCGUUUCCAUUUAAAUGGAUUAGCAAAAAAUGGAAAGAAGGAUUCCAUGUGACUUCCAUGACGACAGCUGGCAGUCGUUGGGGUGUUGUCAUGUCAAGAAACGCAGGAUUCUCUGAACAGGUUGUGGAGCUUGAUUUUCUUUACCCAAGUGAAGGAAUACACCGUAGAUGGGAAAGUGGGUACAGGAUAACAUCUAUGGCUGCCACACCUGAUCAAGCUGCUUUUAUUUUGAGUAUUCCAAGGCGUAAAAUGAUGGAUGAGACUCAAGAAACUUUAAGGACAUCUGCCUUCCCUAGCACUCAUGUCAAGGAAAAAUGGUCAAAAAACCUCUACAUUGCAUCCAUGUGUUAUGGUCGAACUGUUUGCUGACCAAAGCUGCCCGAAAAACUGAGAAAAUCCAAUUGAACAAAAAAAGUUGGAAUUAUGUAAAGAUGUUGGUGGUGUUAAUGUUAUGUUGAGAUGUAAAAUCGAAAUAGAGACAAUAAUGACAAGAAAAAAAAGGAAUUGAAGUUUUAAAAAAGAUAGAAGAAACAAAGAGAAAUGUAUGUCAAAUAUGAGGGUGGUGAUGAAUGUGAACAUUUUGACUUUGGUCAAGGUCAUGUUGGUUACUAGUUGUACCCUUUCAAGAUUUUUAUCAAUCGAGAA